UUUGUCAGAGAGAGCCGCCGGAGGACGAAAGCCGAGAUCCGGGUGAGAGAGAGAGAGAGAGAGAGGAGGGAGAGGUGCUGACGGUGGUUUCAGGUGCUCGACCAGGUCCGGUUCCUUCGACGAGCUGCCCUUAACGCCCUCCGCGCCGCCAUGGGGUCCGAACUGGAGAACGCGAUGGGCGCCCUCAUUUCCGUCUUCCACAGCUACUCGGGCAAGGAAGGGGACAAAUAUAAGCUGAGCAAGAAAGAGCUGAAGGACCUCCUGCAGAACGAGCUGGGCAGUUUCCUGGAGACCCAGAAGGACACGGAAUCUGUGGACAAGAUCAUGCACGAGCUGGAUGAGAACGGCGAUGGCGAAGUGGAUUUCCAGGAAUUCGUGGUCUUGGUGGCCACCUUGACCGUGGCUUGCAACACCUUUUUCUGGGAGGACAGCUGAGCCGAUCCAGGAAGGCUGCGGGUCAACCAUGGAAGCCGCUGUUUGCUGCUCCUGCUCUGCCGAGCCCAGCGCCUCUCUCCUGCCACCCCCUCCCAGGCUCCCUUUCUAGUCUUGCGCCUUCUCCUUCCGGCCGGGAGGAAAGAGCACCUUUAGGGGCGAUGUAAUUCCACAGCGAGACGGCAAUGCUUAAUAAUAAAGCCAUCUACCUUGCU